ACCAACAUCAGCCACGAGCUUGGCACACUCGGACGCCAUGCAUUUUGGUCUCGUGGACGAAAUCAUCGUCCCCUCAUGCAUCAUCGGCCUACUGGCCGCCCUGGUGCAAUUUUUGAUCAUUAAAAAGAUCUCUUUGGACCCGGAGAAGCAGGAACUGUCCACUUCAUUGACGGGCGAAGUCCCUGAAAAAUUGGUGCCAGAGAUUUAUGCGAAGAUCAUGGAUGGUGCCAUCCAGUUUUUGAAGGUGGAGUAUGCAAUUUGCUGCCUUUUCUGCUUGGCGUUCUCUCUGGUGAUCUACUUCUUGGUGUCUUGGGGCACGCACAGCUCCACUCAGGGAGCCUUGACAGCAGGUGCCUUCUUGACAGGUGCCUUCACUUCCAUGUUGUGCGGUUUCCUUGGGAUGAUGAUUGCCACCUACUCCAACGCACGUACCACCUUGGCCUGUGCAAAGAAGGGCUACACCGAGGGCUUCAACACCGCCUUCCGGGGUGGAAGUGUCAUGGGCUACGCCUUGUGCUCUCUGGGUGUGUUUGUCCUUUGGUUGUUGCUGACCUUCUACCGCACCGUCUACCCUGAGGCAGACGACUGGGAGAUUCUCUUCGACUGCGCGGCAGGCUACGGCUUGGGCGGCAGCACUGUGGCCAUGUUCGGCCGCGUGGGCGGCGGCAUCUACACCAAGGCCGCGGAUGUGGGUGCGGACCUCUGCGGCAAGGUUGUGGCUGGCUUGGAUGAGGAUGAUCCCAACAACCCCGCCACCAUCGCGGACAACGUGGGCGACAAUGUGGGUGACAUCGCAGGGAUGGGAGCUGAUCUUUUUGGAUCCUUCGCUGAGAGCACCUGCGCUGCUUUGGUCAUCGCGGCUGCUGCCGUAGAGGGAUCUAAGCACACCUUGUCAGCUGCGGGCUGGGAUGCCAUGCUGUUCCCUGUGGCCAUUUCCGCUGCGGGCAUCGUGAUCUGCAUCCUCUGCGGCUUUGUGGCCACCAAUGUGGCACCCGUGAAGGUCGAGGCAGACAUCGAGCGUGUGCUGAAGGUUCAGAUGGUCCUGACGGCACUUUUGAUGUUGCCCGUGAUCUACUACCUGGCCGUGCUGCUGCUGCCGGCGCACUUCCGCUUGGAGGGUGUGAGACUCAACGAAGAUGGCAUUCAGGCCGAGAUCCAUGGCACGCCCUUCAAGGCCUUCAUUUGCGCCACCAUGGGCUGCGUCGGUGGUUUGAUCAUCGGCCUGGUGACCGAGUACUUCACAUCUCACUCCUUCAUCCCCACGCGUGAGUUGGCCUCGGCCUGCAAGUUCGGCACUGCUGUGAACAUCAUCCAGGGCCUGGCGCUGGGCUACAAGAGCUGCAUCAUCCCCGUUUUCGUGCUCUCCUCCGCCAUUUUUGUGUCUUUUCAGCUCUGCGAUCUCUACGGCAUUGCGCUGGCGGCCCUGGGCAUGUUGGCCACCUUGAGCUGCGGCUUGACCAUCGAUGGCUUCGGCCCGAUCAGCGACAACGCAGGCGGCAUCGCGGAGAUGGCGCUGUUCAACCCGGAGGUGCGUCGCCGCACCGAUGCCCUGGACGCGGCGGGCAACACCACCGCGGCCAUCGGCAAGGGCUUCGCCAUCGGCUCGGCAGCCCUGGUGUCCCUGGCUCUGUACGGCGCCUUCGUGAUCCGUCUGCGGGUGAAGACGGGCGUGAACAUCUUGGAGCCCACCACCUUCGCCUUCCUCAUCAUCGGCUGCAUGAUCCCCUACUGGUUCGCGGCCCUGACCAUGAAGUCCGUGGGAAAGGCUGCAGGUGAGAUGGUGGCAGAGGUCCAGCGCCAGUUCAGCAAGGUCGACUCCAAGGGCAAGACGCUGCUCACCGGAAGCACCGAGCUGAAGCCUGACAGCAAGACGUGCAUCCAGAUCUCCACGCAGGCCUCCAUCCGCGAGAUGGUGGCGCCGGCGUGCCUGGUGAUUCUGUCGCCGCUGGCGGCCGGGACAUUCUUCGGUGUUCAGGCGGUCUUCGGGCUGCUGACGGGGUCUCUGGGCUCCUCGGUGCAGUUGGCCAUCUCCAUGUCCAACUCCGGCGGUGCCUGGGACAACUGCAAGAAGUACAUCAAGAACGGCUUCUCCGAGGACGUGGAGUUGCGCUACACUAAGAACCCCCAGACUGAGGAGGAGAAGAAGGCGGCGCCCAAGGCUCGAGAGGCCCACGACGCUGCCGUGCAGGGCGACACCGUGGGAGAUCCCUUCAAGGACACCUCGGGCCCUGCACUGAACAUCGUGAUGAAGCUCCAAGCCAUCGUGUCCCUGGUCUUUGCGGCCUACUUCGCGGCCAUCAACCAUGGCCACGGAUUGAUCCAGGUGCAGUAAGUAAGGCAUCAACGGAUUCACAUGGAUUCAUGUGAUCCAGUGUGGCAUGUCAUUCAUGCCAUGUCGUUUUCUGCGGUAGACUGGGAGCUCAAGAUGGUGCAAAAGCCC